AUGGAGACCCCAUCAUCCACAACCAGAUUCACCAACACCAUUCCACUCUCAAGAAAAUUCGAAGAUUCUGAAAAGGCCACGUCGAAAUCAAAGGCGCAACAACAGCAAGACAGAUGUGCAUUGAUGGACAUGACAAACGAUUCACCGAUCGUCGGGCUGGCCAACGGUGGCAAUCUUGACACGCCGUCGGCGAAGCAAAAGGCUAGCCGAGUGAAGAACACUCCGGGAUCCGGCGAAGCCUUGCUGAGAGGUCAAGCAAAGACUCUCAUGCAGAUGGUGGAAGAAGAGGCUUUGGAUGUUUCUGGAAAUUCCACUGACGGGUUGCCUUCAAUCACCUCUUCUAUUGUUCAUCAACAACAAUCUCAGGUGGUGAAUAUGGAGGAAGAUGAAAAAUAUGAGAUAGCAAAAUCCUUGGAUUUCUCUGAAAAAUCUCAAGUAUCAGAAGAAUGCAACUCUGAGGUGAGUUAUCAGGAUGUAACACAAGGAAGCUGUGUUGGAAGCUGCAGUGUCGAGGAUGAUGCAUCCAUCUGGUCAAUGCAAGUGAAUGAGAGCAACAAUGAUGAAGAUGAUGUAGAGGAAGAAAUAGCUGAGGAAGAAGACGAUGAAGAAGACUAUUAUGAUGUUGAUGAUGAAGAAGAAUAUGAAGGGGAUUUGGGACUUGAUGAACUGUGUGAAGGAUUGAACAAGGUUAAUGUGAACGAUAAGGUGGUUUCAAAAUUUGCUGGAAAACAUACAAGGUUUGUUUACAACAGUGAUGAUGAGAUUGUGAAGAAGGAGGACGUUGAGAGCGUUGAUGGUGGUGAUGAUGAGUCUAAUGUGUUGUGUUUGAAGGGAUUGCCGACGCCGAAAGGGAAACAUGUUCGUUUUUCUGAGGAGGAGGAAGAGGGAAAAUCUGAUGUGUGA